UUGGUAUAAAUAACAAUAGUGUUGGUGGUGAAGAUAUUAGAGUAAGACAAGAGACCUCUUUCUCUAAAAUUCAUAACACAACCCUUUUCUCUCUUCUCUUUGUUUGGUUCCUUAUUACUUCUAUUCUUUUCCUUUCCUCUUCCCCUCAGUAUUCUGCCAUCUUCUUGUUAUCCUCACUUAGAUUUUUUUCCUUCUCUAAAAAUUGGCAAAAAUAUAAUAUAAUGCUGCAGUAGUACGGGCGACGGAUUCAUAAAAAUUCAGAAGAUUUUGGUGUUUUUGAUCAAGUGGGGUUGUUUUAUUUGACGCAAAAUAUGGCUACAAACGUAACGAUGAAGUGUCCAACACCAAUGAAAGCUACCUCUAAUGGUGUAUUUCAAGGAGACAAUCCAUUGGAUUAUGCACUUCCUCUUGCCAUUGUUCAGAUAUGUUUAGUACUUGUUCUCACUCGUGUUCUUGCCUAUCUUCUUCGGCCAUUGAGACAACCUCGUGUCAUUGCUGAGAUUGUUGGAGGGGUUCUACUUGGUCCGUCUGCUCUAGGCCGCAACGAGAAGUAUCUGCAAGCUAUAUUUCCGCCGAAGAGUCUUACUGUGCUAGAUACCUUAGCCAAUUUUGGCCUCCUCUUUUUUCUUUUCCUCGUCGGACUGGAGCUAGAUCCAAAGUCCCUUCGUCGGACUGGAAAGAAAGCUCUAAGCAUUGCCCUUGCAGGAAUCAGUGUUCCUUUUGCAUUAGGAAUCGGGACAUCAUUUGUUCUCCGAGCGACUAUUUCUCAAGGAGUAAACCAAGGCCCUUUUCUGAUCUUCAUGGGUGUUGCCCUUUCUAUCACUGCCUUCCCCGUUUUGGCUCGUAUUUUAGCUGAACUCAAGCUUUUAACAACAGAUGUUGGUCGAAUGGCUAUGUCUGCUGCAGCAGUCAAUGAUGUGGCCGCGUGGAUUCUACUCGCUUUAGCUAUUGCCCUCUCAGGUGUUGGUCGUUCUCCCCUUAUUUCGUUGUGGGUCCUUUUGUGUGGGACGGGUUUUGUGCUACUCUGCAUACUCAUUGCUCCUCGUAUAUUCAAAUGGAUGGCGAGACGUUGUUCUGAUGGUGGGCCAGUGGAUGAAAAAUAUGUGUGCGCUACAUUGGCUGCUGUUUUGGCUGCAGGAUUUGUGACUGACACGAUUGGAAUUCAUGCCCUGUUCGGAGCUUUUGUGCUUGGUGUUCUUGUCCCAAAGGAAGGACCCUUUGCGGGUGCUCUGGUGGAAAAAGUCGAGGAUCUUGUCUCUGGUCUAUUUCUUCCUCUCUACUUUGUGUCUAGUGGAUUGAAAACGAACGUAGCUACUAUUCAAGGUGCUCAAUCAUGGGGUCUCCUUGUUCUUGUCAUAGUUACGGCAUGUUUUGGAAAGAUUGUUGGCACUAUUGUGGUCUCGCUAUUGUGCAAAUUGCCAGUCCAAGAGGCUGUAACUCUCGGUUUUUUGAUGAACACUAAAGGUUUGGUGGAGCUCAUUGUUCUCAACAUUGGCAAAGAUAGAGGAGUUCUUAAUGAUCAGACAUUUGCAAUCAUGGUAUUGAUGGCUCUCUUCACAACAUUCAUCACGACGCCUAUAGUGAUAUCAGUAUAUAAGCCCGCUAAACUGGCUGUGACAGCAUACAAACACAGAACAAUAGAGAGGAAAAACACGAGUAAACAGCUGCGAAUCUUGACCUGUUUCCACAGCACAAGAAACAUUCCUACAAUGCUCAAUCUCAUUGAGGUUUCUCGGGGUAUUGAGAAGAGGGAGGGACUUCGUGUCUACGCGAUGCACCUCAUGGAGCUUUCGGAAAGGUCCUCUGCAAUUCUGAUGGUCCACAAGGCUAAAAAGAAUGGACUGCCCUUUUGGAACACCGAACAGGUGCAAGAUUCAAAUCAAAUCGUUGUAGCUUUUGAGACUUUCCAGCAUCUCAGUAAGGUGUCUAUUCGACCCACUACUGCAAUCUCUCCUAUGAACAGCAUGCAUGAGGACAUAGUGACUAGUGCUGAGAGAAAAAGGGUUGCAAUGAUAAUUCUUCCAUUUCAUAAGCACCCGAGACUUGAUGGACACUUGGAAACAACCCGAGGUGAUCUUAGGCAUGUGAACAGAAGAGUUCUUCAGCAUGCACCGUGUUCAGUUGGCAUAUUAGUAGACCGGGGUCUCGGUGGAGCUUCUCAUAUACCUUCAAGUAAUGUUGAUUUCUCGAUAACCGUUUUGUUUUUCGGUGGACAUGAUGAUCGCGAAGCGCUAGCUUACGGUGUGCGUAUCGCUGAGCACCCGGGGAUCAGUUUGGUGGUGGUUCGGUUCACAGUGGACCCCGAGGUUACCGGCAGCAGUGUUAAGAUUGAAAUGAACGACAACUCUACCCCCGAGGCUCGAUCAGAGGAUGAAGAGUACCUUGCUGAUGUGAAGCACAAAUCUUUAGUGGAUGGCACGAUCAAAUUUGAGGAGAGGACGGUGAAAGAUGCUCGAGGGACUAUAGAAGCAAUCCGUGAGUAUAAUCGCUGCAAUCUGUUUCUGGUUGGCAGAAUGCCCGAGGGACAAUUAGUUUUAGCUUUGGAUAAAAGAAGUGACUGCCCAGAAUUGGGAUCUGUAGGGAACUUAUUGACAUCACCAGAAUUUUCAACGACAGCGUCAGUGUUGGUGGUGCAGCAGUAUCGCAGCCAGUUACCUCGAGAAUCACUCAGUUCUUUGAAGGAAGAAGGAGAUUCAACAGACGGUGAUUAUAAUUCAGAAUAAACGUCGAUUUGCUAGCAAUUCAUCAAGGUUAUUAAGUGUUUAAUGUACAGUAAUAAAUGAAGAAUGAAUUACCAACUAAGAAAGAUACAUUACUGGCACUCAAGGCUUAUAUACAUGUACUCUUUUCCCUUGUUUUUCCUUCUGCUCUAUUAUUGUAAUACUGCAAACUCUGAAUAUAUGUUGUCCCUUCUAUAGCAUCUGUUUGCUUUUUGGCCUAUAAACAAGGAGUUUGCUUAUGAAUGUCAUGAGAUUUGAAUA